AUGUCGGACCCCCGCCGAACCGUUUGCAAGCGCAUUAUUGCUCAGGAGGGGGAUACAGUCUGUGUGCGGACGCAAUUGUCAUCUGGGGUAGAGUUCCACAAGAUUCCUAAAGGCCACGUUUGGCUUGAAGGAGACAACAAAUACGAUUCACAUGACUCUCGAUUUUACGGACCAGUGCCUUACGCGCUGCUACAAGGACGUGUUUUGAUGAGGAUUUGGCCAAUCAAUCAGUUAAAGUGGGUCGAAAAAGAGGUGGCGCCUCAAGCAUUUCGUGAGAUUGCCGCGCGUCUUCUACGAUUAAUUGGCGCUCGCACAAACGCCGGGUGA